AUGGCUACUAUGAUGGGCAAUGGAGGGUAUGUUGGUGACGAGCCACCACAUCCGUUCCAUGGAGAUUUUGGCGAUGUGGAGGCAACGAGGGCUCAAGCCCCUAAGGGUAUGGAUCAGCAACAUUGGAGUAAUGCUACUAACCACUUCUUAACAGAAAAGAAUAAAAAACGAUAUGCUAAAAACAAAGAAUGUCGGAAGAAACAAGUACUUAAGAACCGUGGAGGGACGUGUAGCUACGUUAGUGCUUGUUUUAUGAAAAUACAACACAUAGUAGACUCCGGUGAUGAUCCAUACUUCAUUGAUUGGAUCGUAAUAUUUGAAAAAGUGUUACGUGCUCGAAGAUGGCAUGUGAGAGGCAUUGAGCCUAAACCUCCUUCUACAGUGGGUACAAACGCUCCAUCCCAAUGA